UGUGGUGCAGAGACAGAACGAUCAAUCUACCACCAUCUACCACCAUCUACCACCACCUACCACCGUCUACCACCUUCUACCACCGUCUACCACCAUCUACCACCAUCUACCACCGUCUACCACCUUCUACCACCACCUACCACCGUCUACCACCGUCUACCACCGUCUACCACCAUCUACCACCUCUAUCACAAUCUACCACCACCUACCACCGUCUACCACCUUCUACCACCAUCUACCACCUUCUACCACCGUCUACCACCGUCUACCACCGUCUACCACCGUCUACCACCGUCUACCACCUUCUACCACCUUCUACCACCAUCUACCACCGUCUACCACCGUCUACCACCGUCUACCACCUUCUACCACCGUCUACCACCGUCUACCACCUUCUACCACCAUCUACCACCAUCUACCACCGUCUACCACCGUCUACCACCGUCUACCACCAUCUACCACCGUCUACCACCGUCUACCACCACCUACCACCGUCUACCACCAUCUACCACCACCUACCACCGUCUACCACCUUCUAACACAGUCUAUCACAAUCUACCACCACCUACCACCGUCUACCACCUUCUACCACCAUCUACCACCAUCUACCACCGUCUACCACCUUCUACCACCUUCUACCACCAUCUACCACUAUCUACCACCAUCUUCCACCAUCUACCACCAUCUUCCACCAUCUACCACCAUCUACCACCAUCUACCACCUUCUACCACCAUCUACAACUAUCUACCACCAUCUUCCACCAUCUACCACCAUCUACCACCAUCUUCCACCGUCUACCACCGUCUACCACCGUCUACCACCGUCUACCACCAUCUACCACCGUCUACCACCGUCUACCACCGUCUACCACCGUCUACCACCAUCUACCACCAUCUACCACCUUCUACCACCAUCUACCAAUAUCUACCACCAUCUUCCACCAUCUACCAUUAUCUACCACCAUCUUCCACCGUCUACCACCAUCUACCACCUUCUACCACCUUCUACCACCAUCUACCACCUUCUACCACCAUCUACCACUAUCUACCACCGUCUACCACCAUCUACCACCUUCUACCACCUUCUACCACUAUCUUCCACCCACAGUGA